AUGAGAAAGGCUCCAAUUAGAUUUGCAGAAAACCCGGCAUUUUUGGAACCAUUGACGUUUCAGGAUAAAGAUUUAUCUUCCAGCGACAUUCUGCCACCACUUUCAUUGGAUUUGGCCCAAGCUUCUACUUCACUGAUGAAAAUAACUGACUUUGCAGAUGAGAAGGUGAAGGAGUCUCUUUUUCAAGGAAUUAAUGAAGCUGAAUUGUCAAAGAAAGUUGGUGAAAAUUUGCAUAGAACAGCAUUACCAUUAUCAGUUUCGUCACGUGGCACUGGAUUUGAAUCCCCAGAAAGUAAAGCUUUAAUAGAACUGAACCGUUUUAUCAAUGAAGGACUCAUUCCAUUGCAUGAAGACCCUAUAAGAUGGUGCGAGGGCAGUGUCGAGGAUUCCAAACGUUUCGUAGGAAUUAUUAUGAUGAUGAAGAACAACCGAGGCAGAAUGGUAACCAGCAGUCUCGUGGAAGAGGAAAGAAACAGUCUCCAGCGCAUCAAGCACGUACUAAACAGCGUGGAGAUCAAAGAAGGCAAGAAGGAUUCUGUUCCUGGCUUGCUUGCAGUGUACAUCGCUGGUGACGUCACUACAGCUCUUAACGGUUUUCAACGGUUUUCCGUAUUGUUUACUUCUCGUUCUUGUGUGCUCCUGCAUUAUGUGAGGUUCACGUAA